AAGCAGCGUGUUGCAAAAUUUGAAUUCAUACCGAACUGUGAGAAAAUGUUGCUCAAGGCACUAUUUCUCGCAUACCUAUCGAUACUGGGACCCCCGGUGGUGAAAGCCGUCAAGGAUGCACUGUAUGCAUAUGCACCGGAAUACGCACAUCCAUCGUACUCAUUCAGCUACGGUGUGAAGGAUCUGCACAGCGGUGACGUGAAAUCCCAGUGGGAAACCCGUGACGAUGGCAUCGUGAAAGGUCACUACAGCGUGGUAGAGCCCGACGGAUCAAUCCGCGAGGUGGACUAUACGGCCGACUCGAAAUCAGGAUUCAAUGCGGUAGUCAAAACCCAUGGCCCCAAUGCCCAUCCCAUCCAUGACGAACAUGAUCAUUUUCGGUACGAUGAGCAUCAUUCGCAAUCGAAGAUCAAUCACUUCAGCAAAAAUCAGGAUCACAUCAUUCUGAGCUCGGACGUUCCUCACCACGAGCAGGAUAUUGCCGAGCUUAGUGAAAAGAAACGGCCUACACCAACGCUACUGGAACUGAAACCACACGUUAACUUUGCUCACGAACACAAAGGUUACCGCCCGUCCUUCGGCGGUGAGAAGGAGGAAUUCUUCUCCAAGGAGUUUGACUUUACCAAAGAUAGCUUCAAACCAACGAUCCGGAUCGAAGAAGUCCAAGCACCCGACCUUUCGAAACUGAAACCCAUCUCCUCCUCGGUUGACUUUUCCCAUCUUGGAGAGAAAGAACUGGGUCCAUAUUAUAAUAAGGAGGUUCUCUACCAACCAUUCGCUCAAUACAAUAAUCAAGUUGCCCAUCCUGUAACUCUACAGAAGGUCAAGCAGAGUGGCAUUCGCCAAUCGAACAGUCCCAAGAAAAACCUGUUGAAGCCGUUCACCACACCAGGAUUGAAACAUUUCACCACUCCAAAAGUUUACCAAUUCAAGGCCCGUGGAGGUCCUCCACGACCGGACUAUUCCAGUUAUUUCCAACCACCGACUACUCUCGGCAAACGACAGUCACGAACCGGUCCGGUACUGUUUCCCAGUUCCCCUGAUGCCCAGAUGACUGCAUCGGAGAAAAUGAUACAAACGAUGAUGAAUCACCAGCAGCGAAGGGUACCCAUCUAUGCCAAGAAUUACUCGUAAGCGAGUGAUUGCUUUGCUUCUUCCUAGUGCAAUACGGAAAGGGUUGACGAUAAUCGGAAACGGCCCUACCGGAUCUGAUUUUUAACUUACCUUUACGCUGUAAUUAGGUGGCUAAAUCUUAUAGGCUGCCGAUUUAUUUAUUAACCUGUUACUAUGUGUUAAUGUGAUAAAUUAAGUAGACGAGUAU